CAGUUGGCUCGAGUAGUAUCACAAGUUGAGUCUCAACUUGAGAUAUUGCUGAAACUCAUCUGCAGACACAAAAGACAAAUUGAGACAAAAACCCUUGUAGGUGAAAGUUGAGACGUUACGGUUUCAUCUCAACUACCUGCAAUACAGUUUUACCCUGUUGGGUUUAGGAAUAGGUUAGGAAUAGGUCAGGAAUAGAAGGGCUUGUCCGGUUCGGAUAGGUAAUGUGGUUGGAGUGAACCUGCUUUCACCGGAGAAAGUGUUGUCACGCAGCAUAGCGGAAUAAAAUAGUGAAGUGAUGUCAAUCUGCAAAACAAACUGGAAUGCUUGCAAAUUCAAUUUUUUCGGAUCGCAGAACAAACAAUACGACAUUACAUUCUGUUCUGAUUUACAUGGUGCUUUACAUUCUUCAUUCAUAAUAAUACAAGAAUGCUAAAAACACUGUAAAUUCCAAACCCACUUGACUUCAAAAUAUCUGUAUUAUAUUAUGUAAUUCCGUCACAGUUACAAGACACCAUCAUUUUAUAUGGGUUUUCGAACGAAGGUUCGCAUUCUGUAUUAACCUUUAGUUUUAAUAGUUAUGCAGUCAGAUUCCUUCAAGUAAGUACGUGAUCUCUGAACAUGUUACUUGGUGGGGAGAACACGUGCAAAGUUUUUACUUGGCUAAAGUAAACAACAUAGCUCUCACUACUGUGUACAAUGUAUCAGCAAAAUAGCUGACACCGCUUGAUGAGAAAACCAGACCAGGCGUCUUCCCAUUAAAUCUCAUCCUACGACUGCUAACCAAUAAAGACGAUGACGGUAUGUCAACAUUAACAUUUCACCAACUUGAAUGUAUACUUUUCCCUGGCGAUCCACCCAUUUCGUUAAAAGUCAAAAGUCAGCCCUUGGACGUUCGUGGUUGGCAGGCAUUUCUCCACACAAAACCUUCGGACAUAAAGGCCAACGACGAACUCCAUGAAGUGAAGGAAAUAUUAACCGGUCUCAAAUGUCUCGCUUCUCACUCUUUUCCUUCCUCUUUCUGUCUUCGGGUGGGAGGAAAGGGCAGAGAAUUUGAGACACGAUUUGGGACAUAAAAACGAGAUCACUUCUUCUGAAUAUUACUUACAACUUCCUCCACAGCUCAUUCUUUCUGCGGGUGUCAAGUACACACGCUGUCAAUAACUUCUUUUUCUCAGUAUUCUCAAGGAAGAAACGUCCCUUAGUUUAACAGUGCCUGCUAUUUAUUACUCUAAACUCAUUGUAGUAAAGAUUUCAUUCACAACAAGGACUUUGUGUAGGUGGUUGGAUGAUUCACUUGCUUCGUUCCUUGUUUCUACAAACAAUGGAAUUAUUAUUUAGGGAAUUUUGUAUAGUGAUCCUUGUCCUAAUCAGAGUUCAUCUAAUACGACCCAGCCUAUUUACUGCUGGAGUCUCGCUUCAUACGAAGACGGGCUGAACAUUGUUAUUCUUUAUUCUACGACUGCGACUACUUGGCGACAUGUGCCAAGUAUCACGGAUGAUCCGGGUUGGUUAUUCGCCUUCUUGAGCAAGACCUUCACACUCAAUUGAGAUUCGUUAAACUUAAUUAAAUCUCGCCAUUGGAGACUGUACAAUAACACACACACGCCACUUGUGAAACUCUGCUCUUACAUGUACACAUCGAUCCUAAGUAUAUUUAGUAUUGCAAACAGCGUUCCGGGAGAAAUUGCAGUUGUUGGUCGUAUGUAACGGCUCUGGGAAGGUAAAUAGUAUGUACAUAGUGAACAAACUUGUCUCAUUUACCGUCGUAUUUUGUCUCACCUAGACAUUGAUACCAUUCGUUUGAUUUUUGGCUGUCAAAAUACUACGAAAGUGGAAAUACUGCUUCUGUGCAUCUGUAAGUGAGUGGGGUUCUGAGAAGAUCUGAACUGCGAAGGUAGAGACGACCAGCAUUUCGUAUGAAUAAUUUUCAUCAUACUUGACGAAAUGAUUCGCUCUGGUCACUCGUCGGGAGGGAGGAGGUGUGCCUCUGGGCGAGGUUCUCGGAAGGUUGUUGUCGCAACGGGCGAAGAGGGAAUACGUGGAAGGAGGACAAAAAGAGGAGGUAAAUACAGGACGGAAACGACGAUACGCCAUCAGAACAAGCGACAAACAUCCACUUCUUCCAUGUCCCGUGUUGUGACGACCAAACACUGCUCCAACAAUAAUGGCAAUGGUAACGCAGGAGAAAGCGUUUCUUCUAGUGCAGGGAACCGAGAACGCGAAAAGACACAGAGCGUGAACACUGCAUUUAGAACGUUGAGAACGCUGAUUCCCACCGAGCCUGCUGAUCGAAAAUUGUCAAAAAUUGAGACAUUGCGUCUCGCCACAUCGUAUAUUACUCAUUUAUCGCUGCACUUAUUGAAUGAGCCUGAUCAAACAGGAAAUAUAGAUGAGCAUCAUCAAUCCACUCCAGAACCUCACAAAAUCUGUACCUUUUGUUUAGCACACUCCAAAAAAGCGCUGAAGCAUUCCACUUGCUCAGUCUUCUCGUCACCUAUCGUGGACUUUCAUGUGACACAUCCCUCAUCCUGUCCCCCAGAGUCUUGUCCUGCCUUCUCAAACCCAAGACGAUACCAUCAUCAGCACCAUUGUGCUCCAACGAUCAACAAUCAAUUCAAUGAGGAUAUCAGUGGCAUGGUUUACUACUGACUGAUAAAUCCACCAUGUAGCCCUCCUUAAUAAAUAACCUUUCUUACAUUGAAUUGCAUGAAUGUACUGCUUGUGAAAUAAUAUGAAUAUUCCAAACUGCAUUCCUACGCAUAUUUCUUAUGUAUUAUUAUAUAAAUUAAGUAACAGGUUUGACAAUAACGACAUUUUCGAUAAUUUAUGGAAUUAAUAAAAUGACUUUUUGUUUAUGA